ACGGGCACAUGCUCUCACCUGCGGGUCAAAGCCAGGCAACUGCUUCUUUUGAGCUUUCGUUUACUUAGCAAUAGCUAACUGUGAACUUUAACAUCAGCUGUUUUGAUUAUGCAGAGGUGUUGAUUCUUUCAUUUAUCUUAAUACAUGUAAAGGAAUUCUGGGAUUACUAGUAGACGUACAACCUGAGCUGUCAAGAGGUCGAGGAAUGGACUAAUUGGGCAAACUUGCCUCAUUCCUCUGUUGAUUUCAAAUAUAGGUGAUGUAUCACGUUUUACAGAGCUAUUACUUCCAUUGUAAAGAGUUCUUAUCGAUUUAAUAAAUAAAUCAACAAAUGUAAAAAAGUGGGGGCUAUCAAGCAUCAUAGGGUCACCAUCAAGUAAUUCAUUAUAUUCACCCAUAUCCAGCACUAAUGUAAUAUUGUUGGAAAUGUGCCGCCCUUACAUAAAACUAUACACUAUUAUUCACGAAUAAUAAUGAAAUGUAAAAUGGUUUGGGUUGUGACGUCCCAAGGAUCCCGAAUAGCACUGACCGUAAAGAAAUGGGACUCUACUGAUUGGAUAUUUUGUGAAAAGUCGUAACCCGAAAACCAGGAAGUGCAGUGUGAAGGUUGGCGCAGUAGCAGCGCAAACAUGGGGGUGAAAAUCGAGGUGUUUCGUGUGAGUACAUAGAUGAUGCUGUAUUUGUCCUUCCCUGUAACCAUGUUCUGGAUCUCCAACCAAGCAGAGUACUUUGAAGAAUAUAUUGUGAAGAGAAAGAGGGAGAUUUUCCCCCCCGAUGAGAAGAUGCAUAGGAAAGAGCUGGAAGACUUCAAAGAGCGGAUGCGAGACCGCAAGGAGCGGCGGCUACUGAAACGGAUGGCCUUGGAGGAGGCUGAGAAGGAGUGAGGAGGACAGUGCAGAGAGACAAUCGGAGGAGGACGAUAUCCCCAAUGCCCAAUCAGCUGCCUGUUUUUCUACUUGUUGUUCCACAGGAGGGGGAGCAGUGUCACUGUCAGGCCCAUGGGCUGGAACAUGUUUUGCGUCACAAAAGGCACCCUAUUACCUAUUUAGUAUACUACUUUGACCAUGGCCCAUAGGGCUCUGGUAAAAUGUAGUGCACUGUGUAGGAUAAAGGGUGCCAUUUGGGAUUGGAGGAUUUUGGAUUUCGUGGAGUAGGUAGGCUAUGCUAUACACCGUUUUGGAGGGUGUGCUUGAGGGGGACCUUCAAGUUACCCCUUUGAACCGAAUAGUCUUGCUGAAAAUAUUUUAAGGAAAUGCUUUAUUUCACUGCAAUCAAACUAUGACUUUAUUGUUGAUGAUCUGCUCUGUGAUGGUGUUGUUGUAAAACAUUGAGUGUGUAUGAUUGUCUCAAAAAAAAUGUGUGAUUGAAAUUUGAGGACAGAAGCAUAUGGCUUGGAAUAUAAUUUAUUUUAUUUUUUUUAGAAUACAUGUCUUUUGUACAUGGGUGUUUCAACAUUGUUCUUCAUUAAAGUUUAAAUGUGUCUGCCUGUUUUUUUUUUGUGAUGACCAUUCUGGUCUAGAAACAGUAUGAUGUCACAAAGCCCCUGUGUUGUGAUUUGGACCAUGCUGUGACAUGUCAUUUUAUGGCUGAGUCGUGUUCUGUUGGGAGAAAUCAUUUAGAAUCUGGCAGGUACUAGCUGAAAUCAUCCAAUGAGGACACAUUUUUCAGUUCUGUGUCUUAAAACGUUUUGCUACGGUGUGCUCUAACGAACACAACCCAGGCUACUGUAUCUUCCCUCUAAUACGUCAAGUUUUAUAGGGGCCUCUGGAAACGGGACUAUGGAGGCUAGUAGGCGGUUGGCAGCUCGCCUGCAUACCAUCACGGUGCUCGGGAAACACUUCUGGACGCACAACUUCUCCGUCUCCCUACUCUUGGAUGAGCUGGGCAAUGUGCCACAAGUCACAGGGUUGAUUUUCUGCAAAGUUCGCUUGCUUGAUGGCUCCUUUACUGAGGAAUCUCCAAGACUGGAAGUCCUGCACAACUCAGUGCAAUGGGGAAAGAUGUUUGAAUUUGAGUGCCAAACUGCGGUCAACAGCUUGUCUGGAGUCCUGGAUGACUGCAUGUGUAGACUGUCAGUUCGCAAGGACACAAAGGGAGGAAGGUCAUACCAAAAGGUGGGUUAUGUCGAUCUCAACCUGUCUGAGUAUGCAGGCUCUGGUUAUGUGACCCGGCACUGCCUCCUAGAGGGAUAUAUGAACAAGGACAACAAGCUGGACAACUCCCUUCUCAAGGUGGGCCUACAUAUGCAGCUGCUCCAGGGAGACCCAUGUUUCAGAGUUCCUACCCAGCAUUCACUGCCAAAUGGAACUUUAUCAUCUGAGAAUGUUGAGCAGCCCAGAGAAAGCACCUCCAGUCACUCUGAGCCUGGUAUGCGUGACCAGCCAGGGUUUGGACCUGUGCUACAAGACUGUCAACCUGCUGAGCUAAAGCCUAGGCAUUCGCUCAGGAAAGCUAACACAACUCUUUAGGGCUUAGACUUGUGUGGUUAACCUAACAACCUCUGUUUAAUAUGGUUGUAGGCAAACACACCAACACAGAGAUGCACCAAUUCACUAUCCUCAUCAAACUGCAACCACCAAAGAUCAUUUGGCAUUUGAAGUGAACCCCACAAUGUUUUCAGGUUCAUCAGAGGACAUUCUGAGAACCCUGAGAAGGCAGCUGGUGAUGAAGGGGGGGCUGCUGCUUGAUGCCAUGCCCAGUCAGAACCCAGAGGCACAGGAGAGGGCCAGAGUUGUCAGUCAGUUGACUCGGGUCGGGAACACACGGGUGGAUGCCCAGGAUGUGGUUGAACAUCUCUGUCUAGAGAGCUUGGGCUCAGUAUUUGAGCUCCCUCCUCCCAUGGAAGGUGCUUUGAACUUGAUGCUGGUUUCAAGAACACAGAUGAAUCCUAGCCUAUGUAGGAUUAAAAGCAUGACAUACUACUCAAUAGAGAGUGCUAAUGCUUAGUAUCUAUAUCUAUUACAGAAGCUGGACUUGCACUCUUUGUUGGUCAGGAUGGCACCACAACCCUUGGUGUCACUCAUAUACAGAACAGGUAGCCUAUUGGAGAUGGAUCUCAACCGAUCCUUGAAUUGUUAUAUGUUGAUUAUAAUGUAAUGAGAUUCUGAUUCUUAAUUGGAUUUCCAGUGAUGCCCAACUCUGUCUCAACAGGGACUCCCAUGCUGGAAGUGUAGAGAAUGUCAUCAUAAUGAAAUAAAUACAAUGAAAUAAAGAUGU